GAAUUUACUAUGAUGUUGCGGGCGCAGCACUUUCUAGAUUGUGUGGUGGUGAUGUUGCUACUCUCCAAAUUGACAAUCAUUUCCAUUGUAGCUGCUCGUCAGUGUAAGUUUAUGGAUCACACAUGUAAGAAAUUUUGUUGCCAGAAAUUACUGAAUGCCCUGCGUCUAACUUGUACCAUAUGUAAGAAUUUACUUUUUUCUGCCUGAAUGAUGCAGAACAGAGGCAGUACACGGGUAGCUUUGCCUGUGCACAGAAAUGACUGUCUCACAUGAGACCACCCCUUAGUCAGCAGCCAUUUAAAAGGGGCUAUUCUAGCAAGCAAAGUAAGUUUGCCAAACAGAUGAGGUGAGCAAUGGUCAGCAUUGAGGGAUUUUCAUGAUCAAUGGCUAUGCAUGUGUGAGAGAUAAGUCAUGUGGCAAAUGACUACUAUUGUUGGUUCUGAUUACAUGUUCACCUUUCAAUAACACCAUACCCCACUAUCCACCCAUCCGAUAACACAUGUGGUCAGUGUAUUAUAAACAAUAUGAGAUUUCUGUGACAUCAUUUUACCUCUCAUCUGGCUACAUUAGUAAAUCAAAGCAAAAGUAUGCUGUACUUGGAGUUACUUUUCUUCUUAAAAAAAUCAUGCAGUUGUUGGAAAAUACAAUGAGAUGUAUGCAGAAUUUAAAAUGAGAGCUCAAAUUAUUGGUUGAUAUUGUAACCCAAUGACAUUAUAGUCUAAUGAGGGAUGUGUAAAAAUGAGAUGAGAGUUGGAGCCACCUAAGGAAGAUAGAAGAGGACUGGCAUAGCCCAACGGAAAAGACACAGUUACAAAUGCAUUGGGCUAAUGUUUGGGGUAGAUAACUGUGAAAUUUUAAUGAUGGCCUCAGAUACUGUUCUUACACAAGAACAUUAUAAUUUAUUGCUCAAACAGCACACACGUUACAAUACAGAAGUAGCUGGUAAAGCCUUCCACUCUGGCCUCUAUACUCGUUAGUUCCAACAGAGGUCCAGUCAGCAGGCUGUGCAUGCAACUGCAAUCAUAUUAGCAGUCCAAGUGAUCUCUAUGGCCAAAUCCAGCACAAACUCUACACAUAGACUACGAAGCAGUGCACAUACUAAGUUCAUAGUUACAGCCCUCCUCUUCCUUUGUGAAGAAGUGAGCAUGGUGCUCGUAUCCAUUUCUUGUGGUCGAUGUAGGUUGUUAAGUUAUGUGACGCACAGCCAUCCGUACAUAGGGUCAGAAGUGACAUGAUCGUGGACAGGUGUGGUGCCAGCCCCCAUCUCCCGUGAAAGACUUUAUGGUAGGACAGAUGAUGCUGGCGCAGCUUCCUUUUUCACUUCAGAGUCCAAUCCCAGGGAAGGAGGUGGCAGAACAGGCGGCGACGGCUACAAUGGAGGGAGCAGUGGCAGAGGUGUUGGUUGCGACAGUGCGUGAGAUGAACUCCUUCCAGCUGCAGGAGACAUCCACAGCAGAGGAGACAGUUGUGAAAACAUUGGCAGUGACAAUGGAGAAGGGUGAUGGUCAAUCUGUAUCUCCUGUACAUGAACAUGAACGUGUCAAACAAUCUGCCAGACGUACUACAUCAAGCCCAGUUUUGAAUGAAAAACACGGUUCCUUGGUAGAAGUUGAUCCAAAGAUUGCUUAUCAACUUGUUGAGCAGGUGCGAGUGCAGACACAGCUAUCAUAUGAUCUGUCACGAGUGGCAGUAACGACGGUGGUUAGUGGUCUGUGCCCUCUAGUGGAAGCCACUUGCCGACCAAAGCUGCGUUCUCUGCUAGCAGCAGUGCAGGGGCCACUGUCGGCACCUCGGGCUGUACUUGCAGAAACCCAUGAUGCUUAUCGCCUUCGUGUCAUCUUCUCUGAGCUUACUUCAUGCAAGAAUGACUCUCAGCAGCGCAGCUGGUCACUGCAUGAAGAUGAAGCUGUAAUCUGUGAUUAUCUUGAUGAGCUCAUCAACAUAUUGAAAAAUGCAGAUGUUGCAGUGUCACAGCUCAUGCUCUCUGCUGACCGCUAUCAGAGUGUAUUGACUUUGGUAGAGUUCUGCCAAAUGGAAGUGCGUUGGUCAAUCAGACAACGGCUGCUGCGUGCCUUUGGUCUUGUCUGUGGACUGGAUGCAGGGGCUCUCUCACUCAUACUUAACUCUGUCCUGCCUUCUGAAUUGGCCAGGUACAUGAAGAGCAGUUCUUACAAUGUUCCCUGCCUGACACUCUGUGCUGUACUCCUGUCUAUGCUUUUCUCCAUGGGUGAAGCCAUGCCUGUUACACAUCUUGAACACUUGGGUCAGGAAUUUGUGCUGUUUCUGUCGAAUAUUGUGGAGAACCCUCCAGAAACAGAUGUUGAGGAAAAACUACCUGACUUGAUGGUGAAUGUUCUGUUGUCUUACAAUCUCCAGUUCUCCAGCUCAAAUGAAAACAUUCUGCUAAAGGCACUUUCGGAGCUUCCUGUUGCAAAGACUUUUACAGAGAAGAUUCUCUUUCUACUUAAUAGGGAAGAGGACCCUGUACGCGUAUUUGAACAUCAGCCAGCUCCUCCACACUCAGUACUUAAGUUGUUUAAAGAUCUUUUCAGUCUUGAAGUGACAGCAGCACUUUUUUACACAAAUGAUGUUAAAGUUCUUAUUGAUAUAAUUGUACGGCAGCUGGCAGAUCUUUCACCUGGUGAAAAGCGUCGCCAGCAAUAUUUGCAACUAUGUAGACUUGUGAUGCGGAAUACAGCGUAUGAACAACACCACCACCGACUGGAUGACAUUCGUAAAUGCUUUACUCGCAUCUUUUGUGAAGAGUCAGAUCUGAGCUGUGAUGACCAACAACUUGUGAGAGACAUCUCCAAUGAAUUUCCCCAGUAUUUUAAGGCGUAAUGUAUACUCUUUUUAAACAAACAUCAUUUUUGCAAGUUGUGCCAAAUAUGCAUAAUUAAUUGCUGGUAUUUACAUUUUCACAAUGAAAGUAGCUAGUUAUACAUCAGCUGUGACAGGGGCAGCUCAUUAGGAUGGGCUUUGGCACAUUUUUAAAUAUUUGAUUCUGUCCAUGUCUUCCAUUACAAUCUAAAAGUAGCAUGCAUUAUUCUAUUUCAAUUCAGAAGAAGACUAUUGCAGUAUCCUUAAUUGCACAGUUUAGUGUGUAAUUAUAGAAAGACUAUUUGAAACUAUAGACCUAAAUAUUUUUUGUGUGCCUUCAGUCUGAUAUUUGUGAUUCCAAAUCACAUAUGUUGGUAAAAAGUAUUUUAUAGAUACUUAAAUCUAUGUCGCUGCCAGGUAGUCAUAUUAUUGUCUGUGAUCCAAUAUCUUUGAGGUACAAAUGAAGGUCUUAGUAACAUUUUCAGCACUAGGUAGCAAUCAAUCUGUUUUUAAUCAUUAAUUCUUUUGUCUCUGAUAUGCAAGCUAUUUAUAAAAACCUAAAUUUUGUCCUUUAUUGUAUUUGAAACUGUGAAUGAAUAUGCAAACAUUGUGAACUUAUGAAUAUCUAAAUGUUAUGUUUUAAUUGCUGAUUUCGAGGAAUUAUUUCAUUGGGUAAAUACCUUUGUGAUGCUGAUUAUUUUCCUGCUUGAUACCAAAAUGGUGCUGAAGAAUGUCUGUCCCACAUGGCUGUGGAAAAUUUCCAUAAAAUAACUGCAUUUGAAUAGGACCUAGAUGUUUAAGUGUACUUCAUGGCAACACAUUUUUUGAACAGUUAUUUGACUUUUACAUAAUAGAUAAGUAGAAGAUGGUUUUUUCAUAUAUAUAUAUAUAUAUAUAUGUAUAUAUGCAUGCAUUGAAUAUAUAAAGUAAAUUUGAGCCCAAAGAAUUUAAAUCAGACACACACCUGCAGAAUGCUAUGUAUGAAAUUUUUUAGAAC